AGAACAAAAGAAAAUCAUCCGCUUAUCUAUUUCACAAAUACACUGUAUAGGUUGAAAUUUUAAAUCGUUAUUGAAAUAUUAGAAGAAUUACGUUCAAAUGAAAGUUUACAUUUUCGCUAUUCACCACUUUUCGCAAAAUAAAUUCAAUAUUUAUAUAACGACUUUAAAUUAUUAGUUGCGAUUUUGCUCAUAAUUUAUCAGAAUUUUUGCUCUCAAAACACGUUUGCUUCAUUUUCAAUUUUAGCAAUCUACUUCGAUCAGCUUUGGUCGUGGCAUACAUUCAUUGGCAAGUAAAGAAGGUUCAGAGACAGCCGGAAUUAUUCAAUGUGAAGCUGAUAUUUUAUUAACUGAUGCUCAUAUUUAUGAAUUAAGCCAACUGACAUGGCCAUCACUUCAUACUAUUCGAAUUCGUGCUUGUCAAAAUGUUUCACUAUUUGCCACUCAAUAUUUAAACCAAUUUAAGAACGUACAAGGAAAUCCUAUCGAAGUGAGAUUUGAAUUAUUUGAAAAUGAAUCAACGUAUCCAUUAAUGGCCUAUCAAACGUUUCAGACAAGUACGCGAUCAUUAUUAGAUACCGUGUUUUCAAAGAUAAACGAGCAGAAACAAUUACAGUCGAAAUUACUUAUUUAUCAUUCGAAUCAAAUGCCUUCUGGUCAACAUGACAUACUUUUGAAUCAUAUAAAACAAUACGAUAAAUCAUCAACGUUACCUUCACCAGAAAAUAAACAAGAAAAGAAAGAUGUUGACGAAGAUACUUUCUACAUUGGUUAUCGGACAAUAAAUGAGAAUAAUGGCAAUGAAUGUGCAAUUCAUGCAAUUGAAUGUACAACGGUAUAG